GGCUCGGGGUGCGGCCUGACCUAGGACUGCGGUCAGAGAGCCGAAGGCGGGGACCGAGAUGAAGUCUAACGGAGGUCCGCUGCCCAGUGCAGGACCCGCGAUAACCGGCAGGCCAGGGAGCUGAGAGAACACGUCCGAGCUGGACACUGAGGCCCCCGGGGAUGGGUAAUCUCGGUGCCCAUCUCGCUGUGUUCCUCUGGUCUGCAAUCGUGCAUGCAGGUGGAGGCUGCCCAGGGCCCAGAAAGCGUGAAGGAGGGGAUUGGAAUCCAGAAAGAAGAGCCUUGGGUGGGGGCUGGGGAUGUAGCUCAGUAGACUGCUCACUUAGCACGCACGAAUCCACGGGAUGGAUCUUCGGCACCUGCUGGAACCUGGCAUGGUGUUGGCAGCAAUGUGGAGUGGAAGCAGGAGGAUCCGAAAUUCUCAAGGUUACACAUAGAAAUAGAGCAGGACUAUAUAUUGUGUUUAAAACCUGGGAACUUUGAGACAAUUCGGAUCUCAUGGCUUCAUAUUCUCCCCCCAGCCCUGGCCUCUGUGGACUGCUUCUCCAGUAAAUGACCUUGAGGAGGACUGGUCAGUUCUGCACCUCUAAAAUCAUGGCUCAUGGUUUGGUGAUGUUCAGAGAUAUCACUGUAGACUUUUCUCAGGAAGAAUGGGAAUGCCUGAAUUCCUAUCAGAGAGAUUUGUACAGAGAUGUCAUAUUAGAAAACUACAGCAACUUGGUGUCACUAGCAGGAUGUUCCAUUUCUAAGCCAGAUGUAAUUACCCUGUUGGAACAAGGAAAAGAGCCCUGGAUGAUUGUGAGGCAUGAGAAAAGAAGAUGGAGCCAAGAUUUGGAAUCCAGGUGUGACACUAAGAAGUUAUUUAAAGAAAAGGAUGCUUGCAAAAUUAAUUUAUCCCAGUGGGAAAUAAUGGAAAGAAUUGAAAGUCAGGGCCUUGAAGAUUCCUUGAUUGGAAAAGAAUUUGAAUAUAAAAUGUUUGGAGAACAAGCAGGUUCUCAAAAGGUGUAUUUUAGGCAAAUGACAAAAACCACCCCUGAAAAAAUACCCACUUACAGAAAACACCCAUCUCUUAAUCUGUUUCAGAAAGGUCAUAAUAAAGAAAAACCCUAUGAAUGUGGGGAAUGUGGGAAGUCUUUCAGAGUGCGCCAACAGCUAACUUUUCAUCAGAGAAUUCACACUGGUGAGAAGCCCUAUGAGUGUAAAGAAUGUGGAAAAGCCUUUAGGCAAUGUGCCCACCUUAGUCGCCAUCAGAGAAUUCAUAUGUCUGACAAACUCUAUGAAUGUAAAAAAUGUGGAAAGAUCUUUGCAUGUAGCUCAGACCUUCGAGUGCAUCAGAGAGUUCACAUUGGCGAGAAGCCCUAUGGUUGUAAGGAGUGUGGGAAAGCCUUCAGAGUGCGAGGACAACUUAAUCUCCAUCACAGGAUUCACACUGGAGAGAAACCCUAUGAGUGCAAGGAGUGUGGGAAAACCUUUAGACAGUAUGCACACCUUACUCGCCAUCAGAGGCUUAACCUUGCUGAGAAGUGCUGUGAAUGUAAGGAGUGUGGCCAGGCUUUUCUGUGCAGCACAGGUCUUCGGCUGCAUCACAAACUCCACACUGGUGAGAAGCCCUAUGACUGUAAGGAGUGUGGCAAGGCCUUUCGAGUGCGGCAACAACUCACUCUCCAUCAGAGGAUCCACACUGGAGAGAAGCCCUAUGACUGUAAGGAAUGCGGGAAGACCUUUAGUCGUGGCUAUCAUCUAACCCUCCACCAGAGAAUUCACACUGGAGAGAAACCUUAUGAAUGUAAGGAGUGUCAGAAGUUCUUCCGUCGUUAUUCAGAGCUCAUUUCACAUCAAGGUAUUCAUAUCGGAGAGAAACCCUAUGACUGUAAGGAAUGUGGGAAGGCUUUUAGGCUAUUCUCGCAACUUACUCAACACCAGAGUAUUCACUUUGGUGAGAAACCCUAUAAAUGUAAGGAAUGUGAGAAAACUUUUAGAUUGCUCUCACAGCUUACACAACAUCAGAGCAUUCAUACUGGAGAGAAACCCUAUGACUGUAAGGAAUGUGGGAAGGCCUUUCGACUUCAUUCAUCACUUAUUCAACAUCAGAGGAUCCACUCUGGUGAGAAACCAUACAAAUGUAAGGAAUGUAAGAAGGCCUUUAGACAGCACUCACACCUUACUUACCACCAGCGAAUUCAUAAAAAUGCUUAAGAAUCUUACAAGAAUCCUUUCUUUGUGUGAAUGUUAUGCUAAGGAGUACUAGAAAACUCUAGAGGAAAAUUUUUUGAAUGGAAGAAUUCCUUUUGUUUCAUGCUUAAAAGUAACAGCAUGAAAAAUGCUAUUCAAAGGAAAUGUGAUAAUAUGUAAUAUAAACAUGUAGCAGCCUUUCAUUCACUUAUAUUGAACUUUAGGAAAUUCAUUCUAGAAAGGAACUUCACUAAAAUCAUGAGUGUUUAAAAGGUAUAGUAUACCUAUGGAAUUGCCAGGGUACUAACUCAAUUUUGAAAAUGGAUACACAAAAGGAAAGAAAGCUCAUUUGGCUUGUGUUUCCUAUAUAAAGUUAUUUUUCACAGCUACCAGAAGUUGUUGAGGUAAAAUUCUUUCCCAGAGAACUCCAGCUGAGAAAUGUAGAAUUUAAAAAUCUAUUAGAAAACUUUUUUUGUGGCAUAUAAUGUAAUAGUGGAUCUAGAGGUUAAGACUAUUAAGCAAUAGAUUGACUUGAACUUUAUAAUGAAUGGAUAAGGUUGACAGCACCUGAACCAUGGAUCAGUUUUAACUUCACACAAAUAGAGCAAGAAAACAUGUGCCUCUUACUGUGCUACAAUAAACUGCACAAGUCUUACUGUAA